AUGAUGCGAAUGCGUCAAUGGAAAUCGACGUUGCGCGUUGAGAACUCGAUUCAAGCGAUGCCCGACGUCUGUGUGGAAGGUCGAGCUCCACCGCCACCGAUACAACAUGUAUCUGUUGACGAAUCGAUGGAUGAUGAACGUUCACCGUUGGAAGCGGCUGAGACGAUGUUCGCCAAAAUGCCGACGCCAUCUCCCGGCUCCACCAAUGCCGCUACACCAACCUCCACCACCGCCGUUGCACCAUCGCCAAAAAUCUCCAACCCACGGCCACAGUCACUGGAUGUUUCAACGUCUCGAGAACGUACCACAAGUGAACGUAAUAAUAAUCAAGACGCUGCGAAUCAUUCCAUGACCGAACGAUUCGAAAUGGUUUCGAGAGGCGACUCGUCUGAUGGCGAUCUCCCAGGAAUGCGAUUUGUUGUCAAUCUCGUCAAGGAUCCAUCGAGUGGGCUUGGCCUCACUUUGGUGGACGGUAACCUCAAUGGCGUCAAAGGUGUCUAUGUGAAGUCUGUUGCUGAAAAUGGUGCUGGAAUGCGGGCUGGUCUGUGUGUGGGCGAUCGCCUGCUGGGUGUUGAUGGCGCCUCGUUAGAGGGUGGCGAUCGACAUCGUGCGGUAGAACUCGUCCGACAAGCCGGUGAUACUGUAUCCAUGGAAAUCGCCCGACUAGACGGGGUGGUACGCCAUGAAAAAUCUCAACGUAGUAGUGACAAUACUGUGAAGAAAUCCAACGCUAUCGGUGGAUCGCCUGGAGUGAUUACUGUAACGCCACCAAAAGGUGUGUCUCGAACACCUCCAGCUCCACGACGUGCUGCUAAUCGACGUCAACGGGCUGUAUCCGAUUUUGGUGCCAUUGGUGAUACCCUGCCAGCUCUCGACAGUGACAAUGUCAUCAACAUCAAAGCGAUUUCUGGACUACACCUUGAUGAGUCAGAUGAGGAACAAGGCGAAUAUCGGCUACCGACCACUUCUAUGUAUUCGUUUGACCAUCACUACGAUGACGAAAGCCCGACAUCUCCGACAGCUAAGUCUCCGGAAGACUCGCAAGCAUCACGUCACACUGUAGCAGCGGCAGAAGGAAGGCGGAAAUAUCGGUACGCAAGGAAAUCCAAUCUGGAGUGGACAGAUGAGCUAGAAGAAGUUGGUGAAGAAACUGAGGCAGAAGAUGACAUCAUCUAUGUGGAGCUGGAGCGCAACUCCGUCGGCUCACUGGGUGUCCAAAUCGCGUCCGUAAGUGGGCGUGUCUGCAUCAAGCAGUUGACAGCUGAACCAGCCGCAAGCCACCCAGACAUUCAUGUCGGUGACGCCCUUAUCUAUGUGAAUGGCGAGCCAGUGUCCAAUAAAACGCACCAAGAAGUGGUGUCAAUGCUGCGCAGUGGUGGCAACGUUGUGACAUUGGGAUUACGACGGGAAACGCAGAAAAACGGCAACAUCAUUACCGCUGUGCUCGAGAAAAAGCCCGAAGGUUCAUUGGGACUGUCGCUAGCGAAAAGAACCGGCUCUGAUGGGAUUUUCAUCAGAAUGAUCGCUGUGAACUCAGCUGCUGCUAUGGAAGGGAAUCGCUGGAGGGGCGAGGGCACAUUAUGGCCAUCAAACGAAUCAUCGGUCGUUCAGCACUGCCGCUGGGAUCAUGUAGGAGCCUUCCAACUUGAAAUCUGA